CAAACAAUUAAAUGGUUUUGAGAACGUCCGGGGACGAGACGUGUGUUGCGGUUAUGUCGUAACUACUGUGCGUUCGCAGAUCUUACAGCCAAUAUUAUUAGUUACAUUUAUUUACAAGUUUAUGUUUAUUUUUGACUGUGCGCUUUAAGUUUACAUUUUGUUAACUGAUAUAUUGCGGAAAAGUGAAUAUCAUUAAAUAAACAAACGGUAAUGUUGUGUUUUCGUUUGGUAUUGGGGUAAGAUUACGUUACAACUGGCUGCAAAGAGAAUUUUUAACAGCUGUUCGUGCAUAGUAUGCUUCAUAUUUUACCGGCAGCAGCAAAGUACCUCGCUGGGUAUGGAGCGGCAGUCGACUUCAAAACUAAUGAUCUGAUCAUAUAGCGAAGAUAAAUGCGGGAGGCUGCGUCGCAUAUGAUAUUAUGACGAUAACUCUCGCAUACAUAAUAUAACAGUUAAAACAAGCUGGAGUCAUCAAAAAUUGUAUUUUUGUUGCGAGCCGGUUUUGUUCAAAUUCGCGAGUGAUAACAAUAACACGUCACGUUCUUAACUAAAUCCGUUGCGUCUGUUUUCGUUAAACGAUAGCGAGAGAUAAAGUUGCUUUCGUUUUAGUUUCAUACGGUAGGAAAUCGCGUUCGAACGACGACGUGCGCGCUUCUCAUACGAAUACAUCGCCGGAGUGACUACGAGUGCAGUGUUUAUUAUUUUCAAUAUUCGAAUGUGCGAUUUUGUUUAUUAAAAUGCGCGUAGGAGAUUUCUGGUCAAGACUGGCAACACUCGGCUGGUUUGUCAGCUUCGUGGGAUGUCACACACCGGGCAGUGAGCUCGAGUCUGUCAGAUACGGACCGACUGACGACAGAUUUGGAGGCGAUAUAUACACAGUCGCUAAAAUUAAUAUUACUUAUGAGGACGAACAUGGAGAGUUAUCUACAGACACAUCAGAGUCCGGCAAAUAUGGCGAGGGCUACGUCGGCUCCUCCCGUGGCAUGGCGGUUCACGUUCGCGCUAAGGGGCCGGACGGUGAGAAUGACCACACAGGCUGCACUUGGCCCCUUCUCUCCGUGGCAGCACCCACUGAACCGCUGCCCAGCGAGCCUUGGAUCGCGGUGAUCCGCCGUGGAAGCUGUAACUUUGAGAUUAAGGUUCAGAAUGCUUGGCGGGCUAACGCUUCCGCUGUGCUCAUUUACAACGAUCGGGAUACCACCGUACUUGAGAAGAUGAAGCUUUCCACUGACAACGGACGAAAUAUAAGCGCCGUGUUCACGUACAAGUGGAAGGGCGAGGAGAUCGCGAAGCUCGUGGACAACGGUACAAAGGUCAUGAUUGCGAUCAUCAAGGGACGCACUUUCACUCACAUUAGCAGCAACAUUAACAACGCGAACGAGACGGGUUCUAUUUACUCGACGUCAGUUCUCUUCGUCUCGAUAUCCUUCAUAGUUCUGAUGGUCAUCUCGCUGGCCUGGCUUGUGUUUUACUACAUACAGCGUUUCAGAUACAUACACGCCAAGGACCGACUCUCGAAACGACUAUGCUGCGCUGCAAAGAAAGCGCUGUCGAAAAUACCCGUCAAGAACUUGAAAUCCGACGACAGGGAAGUGCAGGGUGAUGGCGAGUGCUGCGCGAUAUGUAUAGAGCCUUACAAGGUGUCGGAGACUCUCCGCUCCCUGCCUUGUCGACACGAUUUUCACAAGAAUUGCAUCGACCCGUGGCUGUUGGAACAUCGGACGUGUCCUAUGUGUAAGAUGGACAUACUGAAGUACUAUGGAUUUGUGUUCACGGGCAGCCAGGAGAGCAUCCUGCAGCUGGAGGCGGACGACCCGCGCGCCUCGCUCGGCCGGCAGCCGCUUACGCUGCUGUCGAGCGAGGAUUCGUACUCGGAGGCGGGCAGCGCACGCAGCUCGCGCUCGGCGUCGCCCGACCACCUCGUGGCCGCCGCGGAGCGCACACGGUCCUGCGAAGGCUCGCCCGCUCACAGCGAGCGCUCGCGGGAGGUCGGCGACCCCGCCGGCGCCGAGCCCGCUCGCGCCUGAGCCCCCUCUCCCACCACCCCGCCCUGAGCGAGUGACCCCGAAGUGAUGUGUUCAUUAAAGAAAUCACCACUCAAAUACUCAAAAAGUAAAAAAAAAUGACUUCCAGUGAUUGUAUCGGUGGAUGACGAGUGAUAUUUUUUUUAUUAUAAUGGACUAUUUAGUUGUAUGAUCUAGCUUAGAUAGGAAACACCGCGACUCCGCCUAGUCAACUUGUGUCCUUUGUAACCGUUACGUUUGUGCGCUUCCAUAUCGACAUAUGUAAUAUGUAAGUGUUGCUAUUAACAAAAAAAUCCAUCCCUUUGAGUGUUGCCAUAAUUGAUUUCUGCUAGAAUACAUAUCGUACGUUCAUUUUAUGAGAUUACGUAUUUGAAAAUAAAUAUCGCUAUGAAAUCUCAAAAUACAUACGACUAUGUUAGAUUAAAUAUAUGUAUAUGUAUAUUAAACCUCGAAGCGCACGAGCGGAGCAAAACUAACUGUACUUAAAGAAGUAUAAUUAAAUAUUUAAGCCAAAAUAGUUAUAAAUUUAAGGAGACUUCUUUUCGUGCAGUUUAUGUAUUAGUUGUGCAGUUGUUAUACGAGCCCUCGAAAUUGUACUUAACAUAUUUGGAUGAUCUCAUAAUUGUAUCCUUAAUUUUGUUUUUCAAAUCACUUUGAAUGUUUGUAACGCGUCGGUUGUGGCCCUCCUCUAACCCAUUGUUGUAAAUGUCCGUCCAAGUUUGUAAUUAACUUUCUUUGAACUUGAGCUCCCAGAUAAAGUUUGUUGUUUUUCUCCCUCGAUGUGAUAACUUAGGAUUUGAUAAUCACGUAAAAUAUUUACGUCGCUAGACAUUGUUUUCUCUAGGGCUUACUCGACCAUUUCAGUUGCUAGGAACAGCGGUAGGACUGUACUUUGUAAUAAUUUCGUGGCUCUAAGUUGUAGUUUAUUAAAUCUAGUCUGAAAUGAACUACGAAUUAUAUCGCUUUUGAGACCUAUGUACCUAAAUGUGCCUAAAUUUUCGGUUCUAUUUACAAUUAUUAACCAAAGUCACAACUAUUAUCUAAAAGCGAUGUCUUUCGUUCGAACAUUAUAUUUAAGAAUAAGCUAAGUGAGCAUUUAAGUUAUGAAUUACGAUACCAUUUAAGGUACUUAUUAUAAUAAAAUCCACUGGAUUUAAUAUUAACAAGGAGACUGGUAUGUACUUUAUGUAACUACAGAUAUUGCGUAAAAAUAUAUUUACAUUCCUUUCUUAAAAUGUUCUAAAAUCGUACUCCCGAGUGUGUACAACAUGUGUUGAAAUAAAAACCAAUACAGUAUUGAUAA